UCCCCUCCUGGCAGGCUUGGUGGGCGGGGUGAGAAGUGUUGGCAGGCGGUGGACGGCUGGCAGUGUCGGUCGGAUCAGGUGCAGUGUUGGAUACAUGUGUUCGGUCCGGAGAGGGAGGACAGCCCGAUCCCCCAUCAUGUGACUGGGGAUGGAGAUCACUGACUGAUAUUCUCAAUUAGUGAUACAAGAAUAUACCAGAUCACCCGGAGAUGGUAUGGAGGUAUACACGGUGACUGCUGGAACACUUCAGGAUUGUGUACAAGCUUUGUGAAUGGACAGUGGGAUUUGCUAAAGACUGAACAAGCAUCCUCACAAGAUGUACCAAGUUGUCAGACAUCUGGGAACUGCAUCUGAAUGAGCUGCUGAUUGCCAGCACUGUGAGCUUUUGUCAGUUCCCAUGAGUCAAGUUCACCGGGGAAUACACAACAGAGAGCUGUCAACUCCUUCCCUGCCGGAGAUCCUUGACCAAAGCUGGCCCCGUACAUUGACAGCCGAGGACCACAGAGAAGAAGUGAAAUCCCGUUAUACAAAUGAGGCCACUUGUUGAGCACGUACCCAGUUGCUGAGAAUGCCUCCACUGGUCCAGGAAGCUGUGGCUGUCGUGAAUGGCGAUGUCAGCAGUGAAGACAGCCUACUCUUAGUAUGGGGCGGCCUGGCUCUACUAUCCAACUUUCUUUUCAUUACCCUCCUCUUCUUCCUCUGCUCUAGCUGUGACAGAGGUAAAAAAGCAAAGCUUCAGAAUGGAGACCAUGAAAACUUGAUGAAUGCACCUUCUGACAAAGAGACACACAGCCGUUCUGUGACCAGCCUGGGGACAGAAGCUCCGGUCAGCAGUUACCGAAAUGGCGCCAUCAGCACUGGUGACGUCUCGGAGGACAGCGCAGCGACCUGCGUCCCAACCUAUGAAGAUGUGCAGAGCUCUCUCCCUGACCUGUGUGACCCUCCGGACUUCACAGGGAAAUCUAUAAGAUGCCCUCAAACCAGAGAGCUGCCACAAAUCCCUCCUGACAACCGGGAAUCUGUCCUAUCAUCGGGAAGCCUCGAAAAUGAUGCCCCUCUCUAUACCGAGGGGCCAUACGAAGUGCUGAAAGACAGCUCUUCUCAUGACAAUAUUAUAGAAGACUGUCUCUAUGAAACUGUGAAAGAAUUAAAGGAUAUUAGUUCAUCGGCCAGUUUGGAAGAGUCUGAAAAUGUCACGUUGGGUGCAGCACAGGCCAGCCCAGUGAUCACAGAGCGCAGAACGGAGGCUGCAGUGGAAUACGCCUCGGUGGACCAUAAUAGAAAGAGCAGGCAUAGCAUCAAUACUCAGAGCGCAGCCAGCACUCCAACAUCUCAGGAUGAGGAUAUCCCCCCACCACUGCCUAAGAAACUCCUGGAUGAGAAUGAAAACGUACAAGGAAAAGAAGUGGAGGAAGAGAAACUGGACCAGGAGGGGGAUCUGGAGGGGGCCAGCCAGGAUGACAAGAGACAAAGUUGCGUAUCCUACAAAUCUCGAGCAGAAGACCCAUGCCUGACAGAAGAUGACAUUUCUGCCAUGUAUUCAAGAAUUUCCAAGACUGGACAAUCCCGAAGACAUCAAGAAGAUCUCUCCCAUUAUUCCUACAUCCAGGAUUUUGAGCUAUCUCCUACUACCUGCAAUGGGACAUUUGCUGCAGUUAGGGACGUUGACAAGAGCCCUAAUCUCAUUGGCGUGCCACCUCCAAUGGACAUCCUAAACGGUGGACUGGACCCAGAGUACGAAGCCAUCCCAUCAAUGUGUCGAGAAGAGGACAGGACUACUACCUUCUGUAAUGCUGGCCAGGGGGUCCCGCCUCAGGGGGAAAGUGACUAUGAAAGUAUUGGUGAUCUCCAACAAAACGGAGAGUACUCUAAACUUUAGAAGGUACGGUGACAAGAAUUUAUAUCGAACACAUAGCACAAUCCUUUCCUGGGUCUUUCACAUACCCAAAUUAGCAACGGAUUGAAGAGAAAGCACAUCUUUACCUAGACCAGGACUGUUUCCCUGCUGCAUGAAAGCCAUGAAAUUUGUUUCCAGAUACCUUAUAAUUUUAUUUUUUAUGUGCCAUUUAUUUUUUUAUAUGUAGCUGGUAUAUUGCCAAAAAGAAAAUGGAUCACCCUGAACUGGAUGAGCAUUUAGGUACUCAUGAAAUUUACCAAUGGUACGAUUUGAAGAAGAUUUGUUCACAUUAAUAUACAGAUAUAGGAUCCAUAAUCCUGUUCGGUUAUGAGGUUCUGCAGACCAUGGAUCUUCUCUAACCUGUCACGGCUGAAUUCCUUUUGAAAUUCUGGUUGCCUGGUUGUUCUGACCUUCAGAAGUUUAAAGAGUAACUCCACUUUUGAAAAAAACAUUCCCCUCUGGGUGGAAUUGCACGGGUUUUUACAAACUUUAUUGCAGCUUCCUACCUUUUGUUAUUUUGAAGGAAUAGCUGUUUGUCUGUGUUCAGUGAGUCUGUAUAGGAGUGACUUUAUAAUUAUCAAUCAGCUGCAGCACCUGCAGGAAAAUCGCAUGGAUCUGCAUCCCUUUAGACAUGCUUUACCAUUGGGAGUAUCUCACCAAAAAUAUGUUUUUUUGUUGCAGGGGAUGCCA